CUCUCCUCUCUCCACUUCGUGUGAUUUUUUUCAGCCAUGUCUAAUUUCGCACAUUUGCUCCGUAACGGACCUUCGGCCCUCAGGCGGCUGUCGCGCUGCAGAGGCUUAGAAACCCGCGUCAGUUUGUGUAUCGACGCUAACUUUUUGCACUUUAGCUCGUCCGCUGGGCUGUCGUCGAGCACACGCCAUCAAAACAAAACCAGCUCCAGGUGUUACACGAGUUCUGCCAGGACGGAACCGGUCCGGAUCGGCUGUGCCUCCGGGUUCUGGGGGGACACGGCGACCUCAGUGCCUCAGUUGAUCUACAGUGGGAAGCUGGACUUCCUGGUGUUUGACUACCUCAGUGAGAUCACUAUGUCUCUGCUCACUGCCGCCAAGGCCAAGAUGCCUAAUCUGGGUUACGCUCCAGACUUUGUCCAGGUCGCUCUGGCUCCGUUCAUUAAUGACAUUCACAGGAAAGGUAUUCGUGUCGUCAGUAAUGCAGGAGGUGUGAACCCUCUGGCCUGCGCCGAGGCCAUACAGGAAGUCAUCAAGAAAGCCGGCCUCGACCUCAAGGUGGCCGUGGUGACCGGCGAUGACCUCAUGCCCCAUAGAAAUAGCCUUUCUGAAGUAAAGGUGGCAGAUGACGGCUGCAGACAACAGUUGCCUAAAACCCUGCACAGUAUGAAUGCUUAUCUCGGGGCUGUUCCCAUCCGGCGGUGCCUUGAUCUCGGGGCAGACAUCGUGGUAACGGGUCGCUGUGUGGAUAGCGCUGUGGCACUGGGGCCGCUCAUGCACACCUUUCGAUGGGAGAGGAAUGACUAUGACCUACUUGCAGCUGGGAGCCUUGCAGGUCACCUGAUCGAAUGUGGAGCUCAGAGUACAGGUGGAAUCUUCACCGACUGGCACAAAGUUCCUGACUGGGACAACAUGGGUUUCCCGGUGGUGGAGUGUUCCAGCGACGGCUCCUUCAUUCUCUCCAAACCGCCCAAAACCGGCGGCCUUGUCUCCUUCGGCACGGUGGCCGAGCAGCUGGUGUACGAGAUUGGCGACCCGCGGCGGUACCUGCUGCCCGACGUCACCUGUGACUUCAGCCAGGUGGCCAUCAAGGAAGUGCCAGGUGUAGAAGGAGGAGCUGUCAGAGUGACCGGGGCGAGAGGCCUCGCUCCUUCACGUGACUACAAGGUGUGUGCGACCUACAUGGACGGUUUCAGAGCCACAGCGGUGUGUCCGGUCGGAGGACCGAGGGCAGCGGAAAAGGCCAGACGAACGGCAGACGGCAUCAUCAAACGGACGAAGCGUAUGUAUAAACAGCUGGGGCUGGAAGAUUUCAGCGCCGUCAACAUCCAGGUCCUCGGAGCCGAGGACACUUAUGGUGCCGGCGCUCACACCAAGGGCUCCAGAGAGGCAGUGAUCUGGAUGGCCGUCCACCACAAACAGAAGAAAGCUCUUGAAAUCUUCUCCAGAGAAAUAGCUCCAGCAGGGACCGGCAUGGCUCCUGGACUCACAGGCAUAGUGGGCGGACGUCCCAGAGUGUCUCCUGUUCUGAAGCCGUUCUUCUUCUUACACCCCAAAACUCAGCUGAAGGUGGACAUUUACAUCGGCGGAGAGUUGGUGGAGUCACUUUCAGAGGUGGGACCAGACACACCAGAGCAAGAAGCCCCUGUCGCAUCAGCACAGGACGUACCUGAUAUGGACCUGCCCAGCGGACCACACAGCUACAGACUGGAAGAACUGGCCUACACGAGGAGCGGAGACAAAGGAGACUCGGCCAACAUCGGCGUGAUAGCUCGUCAUCCCCUCUUCUUCCCCUACCUGAAGAAACACCUGACGACUUCUGCGGUGGAGGAAUACUUCUCCCACCUCAUCCAGCCGGGAGUUCGCAACGCCGUCACAAGGUUCACUCUGCCGGGGAUCCACGGCCUGAACUUUGUCCUGCAGAGUUCAUUGGGUGGGGGAGGGGUGGCGUCUCUACGCAGUGACCCCCAGGGCAAAGCCUACGGUCAGAUGCUGCUGGACAUGAAGCUGAAGGGACUGCCUGACCUCAAAUCACUGGUGGACUGAUAGAGAGGGAGAGAGAGAGACCCUGAAAGAAAGAAGAAGCUAAUCAGGGUGAGAGCUGCGUGAAAUGGAGACACGAAGACACCUCAUGACAAGAAGGGAAAGUGAGACCUGAAAGACAUUUUACCUCAACAGAAACACAGAUCAUGUAAGAGAGAAUAUUUCUUUGGAACCCGGAUCACACGUCCAAAAUCCAGACAAGUGAAAACCUGAGGAACACAAGUUAACUUUACACGCCAUCCAGUAAAACAGUUACCAGCCCAAAAUCGCAGAUCGGCCUCAGAAGGCUUUAUGAGCAGCACAACAUAGGAGAUUUGGCUCAGAUUCACAGAAUUUUAUCCGCAAUGUAAACCGAAAGAGAACUUCCAAGAAAUUGUCAAAUAAACCACCACCGUAAAUAGUUUUAAUAAGUCCUAGCACCUGGUGGACUUAAUGAUUGAGAAAGCUCCACCACGAGAUGUGGCUGAAAGCUCUGCAUAAAAAAAAAAUAAUAAUAAUAAUAAAAAAAAAAGAGAGAGAAUCUUAGAGAGGCUUUGUUUCACCCGGAGACACCAGAACAACCUCGUCACCAACAUGCAAUAUUAUCUCUCAAAUCGCAGAUGUUUGUGAUUUUAAAAUGGUGUGCACAUCCAACCCCAGCUGGACAGGACAAAGAACAGCAACAAGGGAGGAGGAGAUGCCGUCAGCACGAGGUUGCUGGUUCAAACCUUGCACUAAUAAAAACUUCAGUGUGCGGACGGCCUCUCGUUUUCCUUUAACGUUUUUAAAGGCCUUGGUAUGCGUCAACGUGUCCGCCCAUCAAACAGCUUCCGAAACCCCCUGCCCAACAUGGGACUAGUGGGCGCUGCGUAGGAAAACUUUUGUGUACUUUUGAGACUGACGUUCCCACAUUCACAGGCACUUGAUGCCAAGGAGAAGAGAGUCCUGAUCACUGAAGCCCUUUCUCUUGUGUAAGUGAAACACGAAAUACAGUAAAACCACAUUACUGUGUCUCGUCUCUCAGUCGCGGUCUCUCACUCUCUCCUGUCAGACUGUUGAAGUGUCAGAGUCAUUUUCUCUGACAGUUUGCAUUUUUCAGGCUUCAGUCUUUCUGAGCUCAUCGUCAGUGGCAGCUGUGAUUUUUGGCUGUUGGACAGAUUUUCUCCCUGGUUCAUUUCUGUGGCAAAGAUGUCGGGAGACACUACAAAGUCGUUUUCAGUCGGCUUUAAUUUAUUUAAAACACGUCACACCAGCCUUCAGAAACUCCAGCUGAGUAAACCGGGCUCAUAAAACACUUUUAGCGGCGGCUGACACUGAAAGACUCGCUAUAAACGGACUGAAAACACUCGCUAGCCUAGCAGCACUGAGGCUACAAGCAACCCAUAAUGCAAUAGUGUCCCUAGAAGGCUCUCCACAGAGGACUGUUUUACACCGGUACACUGUCUAUUCAAAAAGUAAAAUCUCAUGUUGUGCACACCAAAUUGUCUAGUCUUCAAAUAUAAGACUACCCCGACUUUGACAAAUCUCAUUGACAUAAAAAGAAGGUAUCAUCUUAUAUUCGGGCCGAUACAGUAUUUCUCUCACUUAAAACUUCCAAUUUUUCUGGGCAUCUUAAGCACUUCUCAUCCAUUUUGUCUUCAAUGGAUCAGCCAAUUGUUUCAUCCAAUGAAGAGAGCUGUUAGUUGCAGCCCUAACUGAAAGCUCCAGAGCAGAUCUGGUAAACCGAGCUUGAGGCGAGACCGUUUUCUCAACUGCUUUUUCCAAGGAUGAGAAUGAACUUUGAAUCUCAACUUUUAGGCCAAGAUGGACGAGAGGUCCUCAUCGCGUUCAGAAAGAAAUUGAAAUUUUAAUAUCUGCUAUUCUGUGUCAAGUGGGAAACUCCAUCUACUGCUGAGGACCAUGUAAUAUGACUAUAAGUUCCAAAACUGCUACUAAAUGGCCCUUGAGGUGGGAUAGUUUUGUCAACUGGCAAAUUAUUUUUUUUCUUAGGAUUUUAUCUUACGGCGUGCGUUGAAAAAUGGUCAUCAAUUGCGUGUAAUUCACGAGAUUUCUUGUUCAUGGGCUAAAACUUGCAAAAACGCCGGAACGAUCCGGCAAUAACAGGAACGCUACAGUCACUGCAGUAUCUUUGCAGUAAAUGGCUGCCUGCAAUCAUCACCAGCAUGUCCAGCGUAUAUAACAGAGGGCCUUUUCCAUCUCAGCAUUUGUGGAGGUAAAGGUGCAGAUUUCCCUCAUAAUCUAGACCUGAAAUCCUUACCAGCUUCAGGGGAACUGCCCCUGACCUCUGACUUCCCUGAGAAAGGGAGCGGUGGUUUGGGUUUGCCUCAGAGGGUAAACGAAGCAUCCACCAUGGGAGCGAGACGCUCCAGUUAGCUAUCACAGGGGAGACAUGCUCGCAGGCGUUGGGUCGAGCGGGCUCGACGCCUGGUUUCCCCUGGCUUGUUCACCUCGACACAACCCGGCUCCGAUGUUCGACGCCCCGCAGGAAUGUGCGUCUCCUUCCACCAAACCAACUCUCUGGCCUCCAGUCUGUUUAUCUGUAAUUGGAAACAGGCUGAAGCUAAAGUCAGAGUCACUCCACAGCUUCUGUCAUGGCUGAAAACUCAUCUUACCCACCUCCUCUGAAUCAUUUCACCCCCUCUAAAAUCUUCCUCCUUGUGCUGCUGCAGUUUGCUCGCAUCAAAAAAAACAAGAAAGUCCCCGCUGACUCUUUUUUCUAUUUUGGAUAUUUAACUUUUCCUGGCGCUUCUCUCUUAUGUGGCCAUUCUUUGGUGCCAGGAAAAUUGUUCAGCCACUGUUUCUCUGACCUUUGACCUCUUUUGGUUCUGGUGAUUUGGUACAGAAAAGUAUUUUGUCAGAUGUAUGAUCCCAAACACGAAAAAGCAGCCACAUUAGUGACCAAACAGUGGUCUUCUAAACGGACAUCCAAAGACGCUUGCGCGCAAUAAAACCUUAAGUGAUGACAAGACAAAUCCUUCCAGACAUGAACUAAAAACAGUCGCAUGAGUGUAAAUCAGGCCAAUAAAAGAGGAAUCACAUGGGAAAUAUAAAUAUCACCACUUCAGUGUCGUCACUUAAAUCCCAAAUAUUUUUAUGUGGGAUUUAAGUGACGACACUGAAGUGGUCAGAUUUGAAGAGCGAGGUGUUAAAAUCAAAGCUGUAAAUUCCUACUCAUUUCCCCUUUUCAUAAAACCCCAAAUUGAAUACACACGCGAAACCAUCACCACUUAACAUGGAAAUACAGUCAAAUCUUAGUGAUGAAAAUGAGAUUUCAGAGAAAAGCUUUGCAUUCACAUCUGUCCUGCAUAUUGCUGCUUCCCAAAACUCAGACCGCGUGAUUCCCCAAAUAGUUUUUUGCUAAUUAUUUCAUCAUUGCAGAGCAGCAUUUUCUGGCUAGUUCUUCGUGCAACUCGAGAAAAUAACAUGGACUAUUUGAUGUUUUCCAAAGAACUUCAUGUAGCCUUGAGCUUGUAGAGGAAGGAUUUCCAGACAAAGUGUGGCUCAUUAUCAGAUAUGUUUUAUUUCAUGUCUCUCUUUCGUCGUAGCAGACUUUCCUUCAGCCAGUACUUGAGUCUGAAAACAAGUUUAGUUUGUAAACAUGAGUCAGAACCAUCAGGGGUUGUUGUGGAACAAAUGAGAUCAAACUUCAUAAAACUUCCCAUGGUGUCUCCUCGUCAACAAAAAUAUGUAUUCAUGCAAAUGGAAAGAGAGAAAUACAAAACAACUCUCUGCAGUGUCUCUGCGUAAGAAUUUUAUAAAUUUCCUCUUCAGUAUUUUAAGCUAAGCCUUAACACACUUAACCAGAGCUGUGAGUGAGAAUAAAUUAGUCCAAAAAACAUAGAAGUAGAUUAUAUAAGUAGAUAUAUUCCCUCUCAGUAUACAGUGAGACAGUAUGAAAAUUAAAAAAAAAGUAAUUCAGGUAGAUAAUUUGAAAAUUGGACAAGUACAGUUAGUUUUACCAACCCAGGUGAAAACUGUCUCAGUCCAUUGAAGAGCUUUUUUUGUUUUGUUUGUUUUUGUUUGUUUUGUUUUUCGUAAGCACUGAGGGCCGUGAAUGUCCUGGUAAUCCAUCCAGUAGUUGUUGAGAUUUUUCUUUAUUUUUAGAGUAGCUUUAAAACAAACAAUAGAAACAUUAAGUCUCAAAAGGUAAAGGAAACUCAAUUCAAGUUAUUUGGCCAACUCUGGUCUAACUAUGCAAUGUCUAUCAAUGGAGCAGCUUGUAUUUCUUUGUCAUUUUAAGACACCUAAGACCAUGAAUGUCUGUUCUAAAUUUCAUGGUAAUCCAUCCAGUAGUUUGUUUAUAUAUUUUAUUCUGGACCCCAGAGUGUUGCUAGAAUGGUAAAACGGCAAGGCCCAAGAAUUGAGCCUUGUGGGACACCAGAUAAUUUCUGUUAUUUCAACAGUUUUAAAUCAACCAAUAAAACCUUCUCAAAGUUGGAAAAAAAGCAGUGAAAGUUUUUGGACAAAUUCUCAUCAAGCUCUGUAAUAUUAAUCCCCAGAAGAGCCUUCAUUCUUUUCUUAUUAAGACACUAAACACCAUGAACAUCUGUGCCAAAUUUCAGGGUAAUCCAUCCAGUAGAUGUUCUCGACCUUACCGUUGCCAAUUGGGCAAAAAAGCAAAGGUUCAAGAAUUGAUCCUUGAUGAACGCCAGAGAUUUGUUCAUUUAACACUUUUAAAACGACCAGUGGAAAAAAACAACCAGCUCCAACUGCUCUAACUUCAAAGAAAACCAGUUCUUGUUCUUGCUCUGGUCAAACUCUAUGACUUUAUAUUUUCUUGGAUGUAGCAUGUAGUAUGACUAACAUUCAAGAAUCAAUCAAGGACGAAGCAAAACACACUGUAGAAACAACGCCAGUGCAUUAUUCAAAAUGUCAAAAUGACAUUAGCGUCACCCUGAAAACUACAUUGUUUCACUGCUUCUCAGUUGCUGUUGACUAUUCAGGGUAUGAGAUGUUUGCAGGACUCUGGGGAGACAGUUUAAACUCUGACGCCUUACUGUGGAACCGCGUGCGUUUUGUAUCACUGUGUUGAUUUCAUUAAAGGUAGCAGCACCUCAUGUUACUGCUCUCGGUGCAUUUUGGGAAAAAUAUUUAAACUUUUGAAAACAUAUGAUUAAAUGUAUAGAAUCAUUAAACUUGCAUUUAAAGAUCCUAGAUGACUAAAAAUGUAAAUCAUAAGCAGCUGUAAGACGUAGAGAAAAAAAACAACACUUUCGUCUGCCUUGUUUUUUAUUUUUUUUUGUCAUAGAAGUUUGAUUCUUCUGCUUUCUGCACUGUGAAAAUCACUGAAUGCAUUUUAAUAGUGAGUGGAUUUCUGGACGAUUUUGUAGGCAGUAAACCGAAGACAUUAAAGAUAUUUUUAUGAGCAAAGCUUCUGUUUAA